UCGUCUUUUAAACAUGGUUCUCGGACAAUUGGGGGUCUUAAAAACUACGUUUCCCGAACGCAUCUAGAAACGCCUCGGUUUUGCUUUGAAUCCCAAAAAUCGAAAGAGGCGCCAGCAUGGAGUUUCCAGACAAUUUCAACCAGCUGGAGCUUCUAAGUACACACAGCAAGUUGAUCCCGCGAGGGGCUCGCAGCCUCUGGACUGGAACUAAGGACGAAGAGGGAGGAAUGGAGGGCGACGAGGCGCAUAGUGAGGAGUGGUACCUCCAAAAAGAAGAAGGUCUCAAAGACAAACCAGCAGAGCUCAUUCUUUGGGCUGCAGAAAACAACCGUGUGUCCACAGUCGUCAGCUUGUUAGCCGCAGAGGCCUCGUUGGUGCACAGCAGCGAUGAGGACGCUUACACUCCCCUGCACCGGGCGGCUUACAGCGGCCACACGGCCGCGGCCGCUUCCUUGCUGGCCGCCGGCUCUAAGGUGAACCCUCGCACCGUCGACGGUUGGACGCCCCUCCACAGUGCCUGCCGGUGGGGGCACGUCGCCAUGGCGACCUUGCUACUUCAUCACGGCGCCGACGUUAACGCGCAGACCAACGGAGGCCUGACGCCUCUACACCUAGCGGCCUCGCACGGCAGUUCGUCCAAAACCGGCUGGCGCCACACUUUGGAGCUCCUCCUCUCUCAGCGCCACCUGAAAGCAGGACUUGGCAGCAACAGCGGGGAGAGCGCCGGUGAGCUGGCCCGACGGAGCGGCCCCUAUCACUUCCUCUUUGAGAUGGUAGAAGACUGUGCCGGUGUACGUCCCGGCCCGUGAAUGUUUUCUUCAAGACCAUGGCGGUAACACUGGAAAAUGAUUUGACUGCUUUUCAAAUGACUUUAAGAAUGGCCCGCGUGGCUCUUGACAAACUGCAUAUUCAUUCAUAUUCGUUCAUGUGCUCAAGAUUCAGCUUUCACAUGAAUGGCUCUCAAUUGAACUUACACCGGUUGUGUUUUGACGCCGACACAUCCUUUCUGGGGAAUUGCAAAAAUGUCUUCUGAUGUGCACAACCUCGAAAGACCUGUGGUGAAGGUUUUGUCUUCUUCUGUAACCACAGGACAUUUGGAGGUUGGAUAAAAGAUUUCUUUAUGCUCAAA